GUUGUUUUAUCAAGCUAUAUAUUCAAUAUCUGCUUGAUAUCUUACCAUUUCCAUGAUGGGAAUUUCUCCGAGCAUCAGUGCUUGCAUCUUGUUUUUAUCAAUACUGUUGUCAAAAAAUGCAGUAUAUGGGCAAUUCUACUUACAAGAUGGACAAAUACAAGAUUAUUAUCCGAGCAAUGAUCACAAGACCGAAACUCUAAAAAAAACAUUUAAGCCGCUAUGCCAUUCAAUAAAGAAGGAAAUAGCGAUGGAAGAUGAUGAGUUUGAAUACAUGCCCUCUUCGUACGUUGAAUACAUAUGCACAAGGCCGGAGAGGAAAGAUCAGAUCAUUACAAAGGAAAGCCAUAUGUGCACCUUUCCUGGAUUCGAAUGCGUACAGCGACGUGAGCAAAUGUCUAUAGCAAAGAGGAGAAAAGGAAGUGAAAUAUGGGAAUUUUACACACAGAGCAUUGCAUCUGAUUGUGAAUGCAUGCUUCCAACAUUUCAAUUACCAUCAAUGAGUGAAUAAAAUAACAAUAGAUACAAUACAUAUAUGUAAAUGUUUGAAUAAAUAAACAUUUUUGAGAUA